GGAAAAAUGGCGGAUUCCCUUGAAAAUGAAUCUGUAGCUGCGCUUUUGAGCAUGAAAAGUCAAGCCAGGCAUAUACCUACGACUCCAUCACCUGUACCUGCACGGAGAGACUGUUCACCCAGAAUACGAAAAAGAAACAGGUUGAUAUAUAAUGAUCAUGAGGACACAUCGUACACGUUGUCCAGAUCAUCACCUAGGAAAACAGUCCGUGUUGCUUCUCCUACGCCUACUGCAGUUGUACAGCCUUUGCCGGAUAAACGCGUAGCGCAAAAAGUCGGUCUUAAACUUCGCAAUCUUCUAAAGUUACCCAAAGCGCACAGAUUUUUAUGUUGCGAAUGGUUUUAUUCGAAUAUUGACCAGCCACUUUUCCUUCGUGACAGUGAUUUCUGUAGUUGUUUAGAAGAAAAUUUUCCUAACCUAAAAACUAGAAAGCUUACGCGAAUUGAGUGGUGUAAAAUAAGGCGCUUGAUGGGAAAGCCUCGAAGAUGUUCACCAGAAUUUUUUGCUGAGGAAAGAAGCUCAUUGGAAAUGAAGCGGAGUAAAAUCCGACAACUGCAGUUGAGAAAAAAUGUUGAUUUAGAACAUUUUAAAGAUCUUCCUAAUGAAAUACCUUUACCACUUGUAAUUGGAACAAAAGCAACUGCACGUGUUCGUAGUCCACAAGAUGGGCUCUUUUAUGGCUCUAUUGAUGCUGUUGAUACAUCUAACUCAACGUAUCGUAUAACAUUCGAUCGACCUGGUUUAGGUACUUUUUCUAUUCCAGAUUAUGAAGUUCUCAGCAACGACCCUCCUGAAAUGAUGCCGAUAUCAGCAUUUGCUCAAAAGUAUCGACCAAGAAGUAUUUAUUUUACACCUCCACGUUUUGUCCCUAUUUCUCCUUGGCCUCAAUUAGAUAAUGAUCCUCUUCUUGGAGAAGCAACGUCUAAACCUGAACUUUCAUUUGUUGAAGAUGGCAUGUUAGGUGGUUUCCCAAAGAAAUUUCUUGCCCUUUUAGUUCGACUUACAAAAAUUCUUGCAGUAAAGAAAAAAAAUUUAACUUUGUUGAAAGACAUGCAUACAACUGCAGAACGAAAUCUUUCACAGGGGCAACCAAUGACAUUAGAAUUUCAAAAAGCAUAUGCGACUUUGGUUUUAAAAUUUGAACAGCUGGACAAAGACUUGUGUGAAUAUCUAAACAAAGUUCAAACUUAUUGUCAAGAAAUAGCCCCAGAACAAGGACUUCAACCUGUUCUGCAGCCAAGUACCAUAAAAGAACAGUGUUUAAAAGAAGCUCUAGAUUAUAUAGAACAAAAAAAUGGACAAGAGGAUUUUCCAGUUGUUAAAAACCGAAAUAUUGUGAUGCUGAUAGCUCAGCUGUCAUCUCUUAUGUCACAGUUAAAACAUUUAUCCACCAGUGAAUAUAAUUCAUUUGAAUUUAAAUCUCUUUCUGAUACACUGGUAGAAAUUCAAUCUAAGCUUCAUAAGCAAAAUAUUUCAAUAUUUAAGAAUGAUGUUGAAAUUCAUAUCAAUCAUAUUCGUGAUGGUAUUAGUCAGAUGGGUAGUUUACAUCCUUUUUCUACACAGAACAUGUAAAAUAUGUUGAUAAAUUAUUUAUUAUAUGGGUUGUUUUAAACAUUGAUAUUCUUCCAGUUGCAUAUUUUUUUAUGGACAAGUGUUUGUUUUUAUUGUAUUAUAUAAGAGUAUGCAUCAUCUUAUUGCAUAAUUAUUUAGUUACUUUAUUUUGUAUUUUCUAUCAAAAUUAUAAAGUAUUUAUUUGAAACUUUAAUUGAUAAUUAUUUUAUUGUAUAUAAAAUUAGUGACUGUCUUACAGGUUUGUAGCUGAAAUUAUUUUGUGAGGCAGUAGGUAACUUUACUUUUUCAUUUAUUAAAAUUUAGAAUUUUUGUCAUAAAUAAUUUAUUUUCUAUAACUUUGUAGUUUUUUAAGAUACUAUAUUCAGAUAUGAAUAAUUCAUAAUGAUUGAAUGACUGCAAUAAUACUAAGAAAAAUAAAAUCAUAUAUGAUAGAUUUAACGUUCAGUGUUUCUUAGAUUUAAAAAUUUUCAUCGAAGGACUUUUCAUAAGCGGUCUUAAAGUCAUUGAGAUUUCUGUUUUUAAAUUCUACCAAAUAGAAUUCAAAAUCUUUUUUAUAAUAGUAGUUGCUAAAAUUUGAUUGUUUAUUUUAUUUUGGAUUUGGUCUUCAGAACUGAUGUCUGAUACUUCAGUUCUUAAAGCAGGUAUUUGGUUAAUUUAAUAAGUUGAAAACUCCAUCAGAUAGAUAUAAGUACAAGGUGAUAUGAAUGUUAAAAAGCAGUUAAAAACUUUUAUUUCAGGGAAUUUCUAACAUAAAUAACACAGGUUUUUAUAUAACAAUAUUUCAUAUAAUUGACAGAAUUGCCACAUAAGGGCAUUAGAUAUGUAUAUUUUUUAAGGUUUUUCUGUAAAAGUUUUGUUUAAUCAAACAAUAUUGUAUCAUAGAAUCCUCAGUAUAUUGCUCAACUUUUGUGCUUUCACUGUCACAUGUCUACACUAUUAGGUUAUUUUAACUUACUAGGAAGCACUGUUCUUCCAAACUUAGAAGCAUUUGAUUUUGUGACAAUAAUGAAGAAUGGAGUAUCAUUUUGUAUUGCAAUUCUAACUUUCAACUGUUGGAGAGAAUUAAAUAAUUAAUCCGGCUAAUCUUUGGAAUAUGGUAACAGGUAGUUUGGCGACAUUUUGGUAAGGCGAUAAAGGUUACGGUACUCUAGGACUUAGCAGUGUACAUGGAUAAAGUCAAGA